AUGCUGGGUCUGGACGCGGCGGGGAAAACCACCAUCCUGUACAAACUGAAGCUGGGCCAGUCCGUCACCACCAUCCCCACCGUGGGCUUCAACGUGGAGACGGUUACGUACAAAAACGUCAAGUUCAACGUGUGGGAUGUCGGGGGCCAGGACAAGAUCCGUCCCCUCUGGAGGCACUACUACACGGGCACGCAAGGGUUGAUCUUUGUGGUGGACUGCGCCGAUCGCGACCGCAUCGACGAGGCCCGCCAGGAGCUCCACCGCAUUAUUAACGACAGGGAGAUGCGGGAUGCCAUCAUCCUCAUCUUCGCCAACAAGCAGGACCUGCCCGAUGCCAUGAAACCCCACGAAAUCCAGGAGAAACUGGGCCUGACCCGGAUCAGGGAUAGGAAUUGGUACGUGCAGCCCUCCUGUGCUACUACAGGGGAUGGACUCUAUGAAGGGCUGACAUGGUUAACGUCCAAUUAUAAAUCCUAAUGAGAGAAUAACUAUUUAGUCUACAAAGAAUUAAGAAAAAAAAAAAAAAUUAAAAAUAACCCACAUGGCUUUCCGGAAGAAUGAUUCUCUACUGAAAAGUGAAACAAAAGCAUCCAUAGGAUUAUGAUGAUCACCUUUCUCCAGUUACCACCCUUUCCUUCGGCACACUUGACUGGAUUCCUGUUUUAACUCUCCUUGCUUGGCGUUAGGAUGCUCUAAUCUCCGAAUGUGACAUGAACACAGGCACUAGAUGCUAUGGCAGACUUCCAGCAAACGGGGGAAAGACACAUUGUAGACUUGCUAAGUAACUUUUUUUUUUUUCUUGAUAGCCCUUAAGAUGGUUUGAUUAUUUUGGGGGAUGGUUGGGGGAGGGGUACCGUUUUCAGUGUAUGCUUUCUGGUUCUACUUUUUUUGAUUAUCUUUUUUUUUUUUUCCUUCUAUCACUUUGCUGUAGAUUGCUACUUUUUUGCAUUCAUGCAGAAUAUGUUGAUAGGUCUACUUCAUCUAGUAAACUGAAAAUUAUUGCUUAAAAUCAAA